UUCCGGCUGAGGCUCGCGUCACCGGAAGUGUCGGCCAGAGAGCACUCUGGGAGUCUCGCAGCUUUCAGUGAGGCUGGUGAGCGCCAUUUUGGAGUUGGGCAGAAAGCCACGCCAAUUGUGAAACCUUGGAACAGCUAGUUCUAGUUAGGCGUGUGGCAUCGUUUGUCGAACUAGGUAGCCAUGAUUGUUUAGGGCAGAAGUCUGACACUUGAAGUUAACCGUUUUCAUCUUUACCUCGGGCAAAAUCUCACUUCCUGGUCAUUUUCGUGUCUGGCGUGGAGGAAGGAAAACCCCAGAAUCCAUCAGCAGGGCCUUUUGCUCUUGAACAGCUGGAGGAGCAUCCUAAACUAUUAAUCUUCCUUCCUGCACAUCCUCAGUCAAGGAUGACGGGCAUGUUUAUAUAUCCAUACUCAGUUUUAUGUAGCACUGGGGAUGGAACCCAGGGCUUCAUGCAUCUGACACCAGCAUUUGACUGACUGAGCUACGUCUCACCCGUGAAAGCAGAAACCAGGUCAUGAUUUCCUACUGCAAUAGCAUCUAGCCUGUACCACCUCUGUAUACGUGUGCACAAGCUUCAGAGACUGCUGUGCUGUGAACUUUAAGCCAGUGUCCCGUGUUCGGUGGCCCCAGAAAAGUCAGUGUGUAGGCCUCAGCCACCCCAGGUCCGGCGUACAUUCUCCCUGGACACCAUCCUCAGUUCCUACCUUCUGGGCCAGUGGCCACGAGAUGCCGAUGGGGCCUUCACCUGCUGUACCAAUGACAAGGCCACCCAGACACCCCUGUCCUGGCAAGAGCCAGAAGGUGAGCGGGCCAGUUUCUGUAUGCACAAGCGAUCAGCAUCAUGGGGCAGCACGGACCACCGAAAAGAGAUCACCAAGCUGAAGCAGCAGCUGCAGAGGACGAAGCUGAGCCGCAGCGGGAAGGAGAAGGAGCGGAGCUCCCCUGUCCAAGGGGACCAUGCUGUACGGGGAGCAGUGAGGGCAUCCCUUCCCAGCUUCCCCCCAGGAUCCCCUGUGCUGCGACUCAGCCCUUGCCUACACAGAAGCCUGGAGGGGCUCAAUCAGGAGCUGGAGGAGGUGUUUGUGAAGGAGCAGGGUGAAGAGGAGCUGCUGAGGAUCCUUGAGGUCCCUGAUGGGCACCGUGCCCCAGCUCCUCCACAGAGUAGCAGCUGUGACCAUCCCCUCCUCCUCCUGGAGUCAGGCAACCUGACCAGCUCUCCCUCCAUUCCGCUGGCAUCCCCCCAGCCUCCUGGCCAGGCCAGCCGUGAGGAGCACCGCGAUGCCACUGAGGAGCUUACAGCCAUCCCCAGUAAUAAAGCCUCCUCUCCAGGCCGCCCAGCCUUCCCAGAAGAUAGCAGCCCAUCUCCAGUCCUUGCCUUCGCUGCCUCCCCUCGGCCCAAUCACAGCUAUGUCUUCAAACGGGAGCCCCCGGAAGGCUGUGAGAGAGUGCGUGUAUUUGAGGAGGCCACGUCCCCAGGUCCUGACUUGGCCUUCUUGACUUCCUGUCCUGACAAGAACAAAGUCCAUUUCAACCCGACUGGCUCUGCCUUCUGCCCUGUCAACUUGAUCAAGCCCCUUUUCCCCAGCAUGGGCUUCAUCUUCCGUAACUGCCCUUCCAGCCCUGGCUCCCCCCUUCCCCCCUCCAGCCCCAGGGCACCACCUCGGAAGGAUCCAGAAGCUUCUAAGGCCUCCUCACUGCCAUUCGAACCAUGGCAGCGCACCCCACCGUCAGAAGAGUCUGUGCUUUUCCAGAGCUCCUUGGUAGUCUGAGUGCCCCUGCCCCCUCCUACACACACUUUACCAUGGAGACUAGUGCCUUGGUGGCAAGCUCCUCAUUAGCUUUCCAAGCUGGGCAAUGGAGGAGCCCUUCCCUCUUGGCCUUUGAGCACUUUCAUUUAUUGUGUCAAAGUCCCGGGUCCUUUGGUGGACAUCAGCUCCUCCAAAAGGGAGGAGACUUACCUUUUCCACUAGCAGCUAGGCAGCUCACAAACUUACACUUGUGUACCUACGGCUUCCCUUAUUCACUGGAAGAUCUUGAGUCUUCUAGCCUAGCGUGUGAGCUCAAAUGACUUAUAGGAGGCUCUUGUCAUGGAACAAGUAGGCUGUGACUGAGAGGGGAGAUGCCACAGGCUUCCUUACAGCUCCACCUCUAGAGACGCAGAAGAGGGGACCAGAUGGCUCCCUCCUAGAGGAGCUGACCAGAAAUGGUCCUCAGGGCCAGAACCCUUGACCAAUCAGCUGUCGGAAGGGGACCAUGAGAUUUCCCAAGUGGCAUUUUCAUCUCACUUUUACCCUGACUAAAGAUUGUCUUAAGCAGCAUCCCAGCCCAAAGUGGAUAGUGGGAAGAGGGCAAGCUGGCAUUCCUUCAGGGGCAUGCAGUGGCUCCGGACCCUCCACCUGCCCCAGGGUUGGGUUGGAUUAGCAAAAUGCCUAUUUUUCUUGUAUCGAUGUAGAAACUCUAUUUUCUCCCAAAGACACUAUUUUUGCAGCUAUUUGAAGUUUGUAUAUUUUCUGUACUGCAAAGCUUACACAAAAUUGAAGAAUGUUAAUGUUCAAGUUUUCUUACCUUGUGUUUAGAGUUUUUUUUUUUUUUUUUUGGUUUCGUUUUGUUUUUUCAGAUCUUGAUGUUACUAGAUUAAAUAAAUAAGUAUUCCAGCA